AUGCUUUCUCAUUCCUUGGUUAUCAGGAAGAAGAUGAGCCUGAAGUCCGAACGCAGGGGAAUUCAUGUGGAUCAAUCUGAGCUCCUGUGCAAGAAAGGAUGCGGUUACUACGGCAACCCUGCCUGGCAGGGUUUCUGCUCCAAGUGCUGGAGGGAGGAGUACCACAAGGCCCGGCAGAAGCAGAUCCAAGAGGACUGGGAACUGGCAGAACGACUUCAGCGGGAGGAGGAAGAGGCCUUCGCUAGCAGCCAGAGCAGCCAAGGUGCCCAGUCCCUCACCUUCUCCAAGUUUGAGGAGAAGAAAACCAAUGAGAAAACCCGAAAGGUCACCACAGUGAAGAAGUUCUUCAGCGCCUCUUCCAGGGCUGGAUCCAAGAAAGAAAUUCAGGAAGCCAAAGCUCCCAGUCCCUCCAUAAACCGGCAGACCAGCAUUGAGACGGACCGAGUGACUAAGGAGUUCAUAGACUUUCUCAAGACCUUCCACAAGACAGGCCAAGAAGUCUAUAAACAGACGAAGAUGUUUUUGGAAGCAAUGCCUUAUAAAAGGGAUUUAAGCAUCGAGGAACAGUCAGAGUGUACGCAGGACUUUUACCAGAAUGUGGCUGAGAGAUUGCAGACCCGUGGGAAAGUGCCUCCAGAGAAAGUGGAGAAGAUAAUGGAUCAGAUCGAAAAGCACAUCAUGACCCGUCUCUAUAAAUUUGUGUUCUGCCCAGAGACUACUGAUGAUGAGAAGAAAGAUCUCGCCAUUCAAAAGAGGAUCAGGGCUCUGCACUGGGUGACACCUCAGAUGCUCUGUGUCCCUGUCAAUGAGGAAAUCCCUGAAGUGUCCGACAUGGUGGUGAAAGCGAUCACAGACAUCAUUGAGAUGGACUCGAAGCGUGUGCCUCGGGACAAGCUGGCCUGCAUCACCAGGUGCAGCAAGCACAUCUUCAAUGCCAUCAAGAUCACCAAGAAUGAGCCAGCCUCCGCCGAUGACUUCCUGCCCACCCUUAUCUACAUCGUCCUGAAGGGCAACCCCCCUCGUCUGCAGUCCAACAUCCAGUACAUCACUCGCUUCUGCAACCCCAGCCGGCUCAUGACGGGCGAGGAUGGCUACUACUUCACCAACCUGUGCUGUGCCGUGGCUUUCAUUGAGAAAUUAGACGCCCAGUCUUUGAAUUUAAGUCAGGAGGAUUUUGACCGGUACAUGUCUGGCCAGACGUCCCCCAGGAAGCAAGAGUCUGAGAGCUGGUCCCCGGAGGCCUGCUUAGGUGUGAAGCAAAUGUAUAAGAACUUGGACCUCUUGUCUCAGUUGAAUGAACGGCAAGAAAGGAUCAUGAACGAAGCCAAGAAACUUGAAAAAGACUUAAUAGACUGGACAGACGGGAUUGCCAAGGAAGUUCAAGACAUUGUUGAGAAAUACCCACUUGAGAUUAAGCCCCCGAACCAACCCUUAGCAGCCAUCGACUCUGAGAAUGUGGAGAACGACAAGCUCCCUCCCCCACUGCAGCCUCAGGUGUACGCAGGGUGAUGGCUCGCUCGCGGCCAUGUUCAUUUGGGGCUGAUUUCAGGGAGCUACUGAGUUCCGCUCUUCAGGUCUGGAAUAUGAAUUAACUGCUUAAAAUGUCAAAGUAUUUUUAAAGUACAGAUUUAGGGAUUGUUCUUUUUUCCUAGCAGGGGAAGCUUAGAAAAUAAUAAUGUACUAUUUAUUUGAGUUGGUGGAGUAGGUUUGUGUGAAUUCUAUGUUACUCUUUUAUGUCCGCCCCGAUUUUCCCAUGGGCUUCCUCUGUGGUAGACAUUGUUGUUGGUUUUGGGCAAACACUGCCUUUUAAAGGAUAAAACAGAUGCUAUAAAGUCUAUGUUGAAAUGAGUUCUAUGUUUGCACACUCUCCCAGUGUGAAAUAAUUUUGUAAUUGUAAAGAUAGAAGAUAAUGUUGAUAAGUAAAUAUGUAAAAUUGUAAAUAUGUAAAAAAAAAAAAUAGGGCCGGGGAGGGGUGGUGUCUCGAGCAUGGCAUUUCAGGAGCUGAUUUUUUUUUUUUUUUAGGUAAAAAUGAAAUAUGUUGAAUGUUUGCCUUUAGUACCAUUUUCUUUGGUUUGUCCCACUAAAAAUAAUCUAAAACAUUUGAGCUUUAACAGGACUUUAGCACUAACUGCCCUAACUCUGAGGUUCUUUUUGGUCCAUAUUAUGAAGUUGUGACACCAACUUUUAGGUCAUAUAAGAUAUUGUUCUGGAACCCUGGGGAGGUGGCUCAGUCAGUAAAGUGCUUUCCACACCAGUGUGGGAACCCGAGCUCCCUGUCCAGCCCACACGUGAAAAGCCAGGCGUGGUGACACGCACAUGAAACAGCACUACUGGGAGGCAGAGACAGGAAGGUUCCGGGGUGGGGGAGCUUGUUGACAGUGAGAGACCCCGUGUAAGCAAACAAACCAAGAUGGACAGCUCCUGAGCAAUGACAGGCAAGGCUGACCUCUGGCCUCCACAUGCCCACAUAUGUGCCUGUGUACCUCUACACACGUGUACCACACACACACAUGAACACAUGGAGUUGCUAAUUAGUACGGUUGACUUUGAACUGUGCUUGUAGCUUCCUUUCCCUUAUUCAUCCAAUAAACGUCACCCACAGUGCCGUUUUGAUUUGAUUGGUUUUGUUUUGUUCCUGGGUCUUUUGAGACAGGCUGUUGCUAUGUAACCCAGGCUAUCGUCAAGCUGGUGAUCCUCCUACCUCCACCUCCUGAUGGUGGGAUUUAUGGAUUUGUACCAUUACACUCAGCUCAUUCAGACAAAUCAUCACCAAAUUCUGUGAUACCAAGACAUGGUCUUGGAUGGAAGUUGGAACGAAUAAAUGAGGCUCAUGGGAGUUGACAGGGAACUUGUCAAAGUGUGAAGCAAGUGGGUGCCUUAUGCUCUUCAUUGUCUGCUUUAGCUCAAUCAACAGGUAACAGAAUCAACAGGUUAUAGACAUCUCUCAGAACCUUCAACCUCAGAAUUGACAAUUGUGGCCUAAGAUUUUCUUGUUAUGGCAAGACUGCCUUGUACAUUGUGGGAUAUUAAAUAGGAUUUUUGCUUUCUGUACCCAGUAGAUGCUAGCAGCCUUCCAUGUUUGUGGGAAAAUGGUCUCCAUUCAUGUGUGGUGGCAUGUGCUUAUAAUCCUGGUACUCGGGAGGUGGAGGCAGGAGGAUCAGGAGUUCAGAUCAUCAUACACAGUGAGUUUGAGGUAAGCCUGGGCUGUAGAGAUCCUGUCUCAAAAGAAAGAAAGAAAAAAUAAGCCUGUCUCUGGACAUUAUCCAGUGUCUCCGGGGGACAGAACUAGCCUAUACUAAAAAUCAGCGGUCUCUUGGCAGCCAGGGGUUAUGAACCUGUUAAUUAAUAUGCUAUAACCAAAGACUAUUGCAUUGAUUAUGUAAUGUUACUUGAUGCCUCCCUCCACGAGGCCCUACAGUGGGGAAUCUUCUCUGAUCCCUGUGGAACUUCUUACAACCAGAUUAUACCACAGAUGGGUGACUCUUCCACAUAGUUAUCAGCAUCUUUGUGAAAUUAGGAGUUCCUCAGGACACUGGUCUUCAACAGUGUCAUGGCAUUCGAGUAGCUGAGAAAGGCUUUCUUCCUUUCCCAACAUAUUUUCCUAAAUGUUUACUACAAAUAUGCAGUAUAAUAAUUUUGGAAUAAAAGUAGGACAAGAAUGUAA